UUCCAGCACUCUGGCACUGGUGGAGCAGCUGCUGGCAAGAAGAACAGAACGUGGAAGAAUCUGAAGCAAAUUCUUUCUUCUGAAAGGACACUGCCAUGGCAACUAAAUGAUCCAAGCUACUUCAGUAUUGAUGCUCCUCCUUCAUUUAAACCAGUCAAAAAAUAUUCUGAUAUUUCAGGACUUCCUGUUUCCAACAUCCACCUGAGUACUGGCAGGUUCAGCCAGCGCUGCACGCCUAGGAACUUGCCCAGCCGCGCUUUAGUCAAUUUCACUGCUCGAGCACUAGCAGAAAGAGGAAGUGCGAAACCACUAAUGAAUGGGCCACCUGGCGCCACUUUACUAAUCUGGAGUGGAUGCCUUGUGUUAACGGGGCGCUAUAGACAAAGGAAAGAGCUAUAGACAAAGGAAAGAGCUAUAGACAAAGGAAAGAGCCGCAGAAUUGAGGAAGAGAACAGCGCGCAAGGGGGAGCUCGACAGAAGCCCCAAGGAAGGCAACAACCAUGCCAUAGGCAACAACAAUCAAAGAAACAAGAGAACUGGGCUGUACCUGCCAUUCCAGUAGAAGGGGGGA